CUCUUUCUCACUCCAGCUCCCCUCUUCAACAACUGCUCGACAGUUCAGCACAAUCCCCUCUUCAGAAGUCGAUGUCUUUCCUCAUUUCUCUCUUUUUUUAGUCCCUGGUUCAUUGCUCUCUUCCCAACAACAUGGAGGCCCAUCAUGUAUCCGCCUCGUCCAAGGCCCUCUUGAAGAAAGUGCGCAACAUGGUGCCGCCCAUGCUCGAGAAAUUCCACAAAGGACAACACGGACGCGUCGCAGUCAUCGGAGGAUGCGCCGAUUACACAGGAGCCCCGUACUUCUCCUCAAUGGCAUCCGCGAGACUAGGAUGUGAUAUGAGUCAUGUUAUCUGUGAGAAGUCGGCGGGAGUGGUGAUUAAAACAUACUCGCCGAACCUGAUGGUUCACCCGCUACUGCCAAGCAGCGACAGUGUGAAAGACCCCAAAUCCAUUGACGCCCCGUCUCUCGCCAGCCCUAUCAUCGCCAUGCUUUCCCGCUUGCAUUGUCUGGUGAUCGGGCCGGGUCUGGGUCGGGACGGAGUCACGCUGAAGGUGGUGACGGAGGUGAUGAAGGAAGCGCGGUCCCAGUCGAUCCCAUUUGUGUUGGAUGCGGACGGUCUGCUCCUCGUCACGGAGGACCCGGAGCUAGUCAAGGGGUACAAGGAGUGUAUUUUGACCCCAAACGUGAAUGAGUUCAGUCGUCUGGCGAAGGCCCUGGGUAUCGACGUCCCCAGCCAAGCCCAGGUUGGGUCGAAGUCCGACGGCGAUGGCGGCGAGGCGACGAGAGCCUGCGAACAGCUUUCCAAGGCGCUCGGCGGCGUGACGAUCAUCCAGAAGGGUCCUCACGAUAUCAUCUCCAACGGGGUCACCAGUAUCGUUUCCGAUAUCCAGGGCGGGCUGAAGCGUAGUGGAGGACAAGGCGACACGCUCACCGGGUCAUUGGGCACAUUCAUGGCCUGGCGCGCGGCGUACCAUAACGGGCUGUGGGAUUCCGGGGAGAGGGACAACGAGAAGGAGGCGCAGACCAAGCAGGAGGUUCAGGCGGAGCUGGAAUCUGAGAACCAGAGGAUGUCGCCCGUGACGACCUUGCUCCUGGCGGCAUUUGCCGGCAGCAGUAUCACGAGAGAGUGCUCUCGGCGGGCGUUUCUGGCCAAGGGGCGGAGCAUGCAGGCCAGUGACCUCACCGAUGAGGUUCAUGAGAGUUUCCUGAAGCUGAUUGGGGAGCCGGAAGCGUCCAAGAUGCGUCUAUAGAGAGGGGAGGGGACUCGGAUUCGGUGAAUAUCUAGGUCCAUGGCUAGCCCAUGUCUUAAAACUAUGGAAGCUUGUUUUAUUUUUA